UAUGAAUAUUCAUAAAAUAGCUGUGACUGUGAUACAUAGCACGUAUCAGGAUGUAUCAGGAAAUGUCGGUCAACAAAUACAACACGAAUUCCACCCUCAUUCUCCACAAUACAUCCCUGACAACCUCCCAAAUAUGCGGGGGAUUAACAGAUUGGCGGAUUGGCAGCAAGGAGACCACCUCAUCAUUUCAAUCUUGUAGCCUAUUAAAGAAAAAUAAUCUUUAAGAAUCGAUCAGCUACCGCCUUAUUUAGCAAGCCACGACGCGUUCUCAAUCCCUGAUACUAUUUCUCGCCAUUAAGUCAAGAUAACCCGCGAUCAUGGCGACCUACAACAAUGACGACGAUACCGCGGGUGUUCCCCAAGCACCCGGUGUUGAACACACCGAGUUGCUCUCAUUCCUACAAUACUUCGAAACCCUUUUCUUAAUCGACGACUCCACGCAUAUGAAACGUCAGUGGAGCGAUGUAUCGGCUCUGAUCCAGGCCGUUGCCCCGGUAUGUCUCAAAUACGACGAAAACGGCAUCGAUAUCUAUUUCAUCAACCACCGGCCCAUGCUCUACUUCCCCGGUAUGUCCGUCCGAAAGUCCGGGUAUAACCAUAUCGGCAAGGUCCACAGCGAUACCGGGAAGCGGGACAGCGCGCAGGGAAUCUUCCGAGGCGUUAAGCCCGGCGGAAAAUGUAACCUCGGUUAUCGAUUGGGCAAGUUAUUGUCUUGGUACAUCGAGCAGCUGAAGUUAGAUCCUCAGCGUGCUCCUCUCAAUGUUAUCGUCAUUACGGCCGGGAUAUCAGAUGACGACUUUGCUGCGCCUCUGUUGGAGGCGGCUAAGGAACUCGACGCCAUGAGGGCGCCGGCGCAUCAAUUGGGCGUCAUGUUGUUCCAGUUAGGCGAUGACGAGGAGGCGCGCAAGAAAUUCGAGCAUGCCGAUGAUGAGAUGUGGAAGAAGGCUCGGACGCGCGAUAUCGUCGAUACGGUGGCUUGGAGGGGUUGGCCUGCAGGUUUCGGCUCGGACGAUAUGGUCAAGGCAGUUUUGGGAGCUGUGUCGAAGAAGAUGGAUGGAGCUAAGUCGGCUCUGGCUGGAACAGUACCGCCGGAGCGUCGUGAAACAACAAUUUGAUGUGCCUUGAUAUUGGGCGUAUUGUCAGCGGAUGGGUCACGUAGUGACGAUAAAAAUGUGUCUCCAAUGUAUUAGUGCGAAAAGAGGCAGUGCAGGUAGUAUGCCCUUGUGCGACCACACGAAGUCGGCUCAAGUUGACCCUUCGUAGUGUGUCGCUAGGCAGCGUACAAAUAUUACUGGUUAUCUUCUACAUUAUCCACCCAUGCAUAGCAACGGUGCUAUACACAGAAC